AUGAAGUGUGUUUUCUUGGUAAGCCUAUUCUUCGCCAACCAUCUCGUUUUGGAUUUCUCGCUGGCGGAGGCUUCAUGUCGGCGUCUGGUCCGCAAAGACCGUAGUCUUUUAGACCUUGGCUCAACUUUUUUGUGCUACAAGAAGAGCGUUAACAUCACCUUGAACGAUCUGAAUGGUUACGGGUGCUACUGUGGAGCUGGGGGCUACGGCGACGCGACGGACUUCUACGAUGACUGCUGCUUUAAGCACGACUGCUGCUAUGCAAACGCCCGAAUUAAGCUGAAGUGCGGCUUCAGGGUGAAGUUAAUGCCUUACAAGUACAAGUGCACCCAAGGCCGGACUGAAUGCAAAAGCGAAAACGCCUGCGGCUGGGAGGCUUGCGAGUGUGACAGGGUGUUCUUAGAGUGUUUGACUGGUUUCAAACCAAACCCUCAAUACAUGCACUACGAUAAGAAACGCAAAUGUCAUGGACCCGCGAAGUCUUGCCCGUUGGAGACAGAGCUAAAGUAG